AUGUCUCAGCCAACUAAAAGAUUACUCUUAUACCCAUUGCUCGCACAAAACAGUAAAUUCAAUUCGCCUGUUGUCGUUCGACCACCGUCCGCACAUCCUUUACAUCGUAGAUUACUUCGAAGACGACGCAUAAUUAUACAACAACAGCAAAAAAAGAAUACAAAGGGCCAUUGGCAUUACUGUGGUAAAAUCAUAAAAGUUUUGUCAGCAAUUCUGGUGCCAAUGAUGAUUGCGGCAUUUACAAUUGUUACAACUAUUCAACAACGGCGCAUAAGUGAAAGAAAUCGUGAAAAAGAUAUUCAGAUUGCUGAUUAUCAACGUGAACAAGCGACACAAUUGAAUGAACAGAAUCGCUUGAAAGACAUGGAAAUAGCUAAUAUUAAAGGAACUCUCGACCGACAAAUAGCUGAAGAAAACAGAGAAAAAGAUUUACAAAUAGCCAACAUUACAGGUGCUUUGGAAAGACAAAUAGCUGAACAAAAUCGUGCAAAAGAUAUUCAGAUUGCGGAUUAUCAACGUGAACAAGCAACACAAUUAAAUGAGCAAAAUCGUAUGAAAGACAUGGAAAUAGCUAACAUUAAAGGAACUCUCGAACGACAAAUAGCUGAAGAAAACAGAGAAAAAGACUUACGAAUAGCGAACAUUACAGGUUAG